AACAACAAACAACAACAACAACAACAACAACAACAACAACAACAAGGGGUGUACCCGAGAAACGGGCCUCUACAUCCAAAUUAUGCCACCGUCGAGUCCAUGGAGGGCUUGAGCCACGGUUGCCACACGAUGGGCCCACAAGCUCACCCUGGAAACAUUAUGGGCGGACCCUUAGUUCCACAUCCCACUACCCUGAGCGGUGUUCACGCGAUGACCUCUACUGGCACGUAUCAUGGCCAUGGUAAUUUUAGUCACCAUUCUCCGUAUGCUUUGUCUCCAAAAAUAACCCCCAUGGGGAACACGAACUCCACAGACCGUGGUCGUCAAGAAUCCCAUGUAUCAAAUGCACCCUCUGCUUUGGGCUCGUCGUUCUCUAAUCAACUUUCUCGUGAGGUCUUGGAACGCAACCAGCGCACCUAUAAUGGUCCAUUUUAUCAGAUCCAGCCCCCAAACCAACAACAACAACAACAACAACAACAAAACGGGCUACAACAGCUCAAUGAUAGUUUGAGUGAGCUAUUGCCCACCAAUGAUGACCAUGGUUACCCGCACCCUAUACUCCAUCGACCCCGACGAACACUCUCCCGAUCCUCACUUUGUGAGUCUUCUUUCAACUCGCCUAUGGAGUCCGCUCCCGCUUUCGAAGAUGAGGUCGGUGUUUACCACACGGUGCACGGAGACCGACGUAAAACCAUCAUGGCCUCUCGCCGACCGGACCCGUUCUCCAAAAUCAUCCGACGAAAUCCGGGCGAUCACCAUCACAGCGGCUCUACGAUGAUGCCCAGCUUGGGCGAGAUGAGCUCCAAAAGUUCUUCCAUGCGCUCUUCCACGGGCUUUCUGAACCAUCAUGGGAAAGGGGAUCCCACGAAAAGUGGUCUGUGGGGGUCGAGCUAUGGGGGUGCAUUGGGCGGUCAAGUCAUGCAGGAGUCUCCUACCGAACUCUCCGAGGCCAUUCGUCUGUUGGACGAACGGCAUAAAAUGCAAAUGCAAGAACUAUUGGUCAGAAUGGAAACACUCCAGCGCGAGUAUUCUUUAGAGCGUCAUCAAUUGAGCCAGCACUUGCUGGAGGCUAUACGCUCACAAGAGGUUGUGCCGGAUGUACCGGGUCUUCCGGGUCUGGUCCUGGGCAACAAUCCCGGAUUGUUGCCCGCGUUGGGCAAUGUGCUUCCCUCGGGAGGCUCGAAAGAUCCCAACAAUGGGGUGUACGCAACCCAUCCAAGCCAAUCAAUGACGCCUCAAGCUCACAUGCCCGGUGGACAGCAUCCACAUCCGCACCCGCAAUUGCAGCCACCACAACAACAACCACAACACCAUCAUCAUCAACAGCAACCACAACAACAACAACAUCAACAUCAACAACCCCAGCCUUCAGUCGGACAACAGCAGCAACAACAGCAACAGCUUCAGCAACAACAACAACAACAACAACAUCUUCAACAACAACAGCAGCAACAAAUGGCCAACCUCAACCUCAAUCCCAUGCACCCUGGGGUUGGAGCGCCAGUGCACAUGGGCAAUUCGGGAAUGCCGCCCUCGCCCAUGAUGCUGAUGGGUAGUGGUCCCAACCCAUUGUCAAUGGGCAUGUCCACAGGUCCCGGAGGGCCCCUUCCCCUUCCAAAUCAGAUUAUUGCCGGUCCCGAUGGGCGCUACUAUCAAUAUCACAUGACUCCAGAAGGACCUGCCCUCCUGCCUUUGUCCAUGGUGCCCACAACCUCGAAUGCGGGGGCGCCCAUGUGAGAGAUGUCUAGGAUCCUCGGGGAGGGUGGGGAACUUAUGAGCUGUGAAUCAUCAUCCUUGAUCCGUUUUGAAAAGUGCUCAGAUCAAGGAACGAUUGUCAGUGAAAUUAACUUUACAUACACCAUAAAUCUAUCUUAGAAAAUACGUUUAUCCUCUUGUAUUGGUGCGUGUGGAUGCGGGUGGUGGAGCCCUUAAACACACCAUCACGGGUGUCCGCUACGUGUCUUUUUUCCCCAUCCUUGGGCUGGACAAAUUCACAAUUUAGACCAUGGCAAACACAGGAGAGGGGAUGAAAGGAAGGAGAAAUGAGAGAUGCGUCGCGGGUCAACCGAUCAUCAGCAGCCAGUGAUAUUGUUGCCAUUUCAGCCCGGAAUUCAGCGGGCUCGACGAACUUGACUUACGAACACAACCAACCUUACACAUGGAUAGAGUGAGAGUGUGCCCGACACCAAGAUGGUUGGUUCUCUCCAUUCAUUGAGACGGGAUUGGGGAUAUUGUGAGCGAUCCCAGAAGACGAACUUGCACACUGAUAUAUAUAUCUCUUUUUAUUCGGACGAAACGAAGCUUAUCGUUUUUGUGAUGGAGAAUAAAGGCUUACUGAAUUGGCA